AUGGUCCAAAAGUCGCGGAACGGCGGCGUGUUUCCCGCAUCACAGAACGACCAGAAGAAGCUCAAAGUGGGGUUCGUGGGCCUGGAGGGUGCCGUGGCGGAGACGAGCAGGGACGGGGCCCUCCUCAUCACAGGUGUGGAGGAGGGCCCCCGGCGACAGCGCACCAGUGUGUCAGGAGGGAAGAAGCCGGUGAAACGUAAUGCCAUCUACAGACGCCUGCAGAACUUUCUCUACAAUGUGUUAGAGCGCCCUCGAGGAUGGGCCUUCAUCUAUCAUGCAUAUGUGUUUCUGCUGGUCUUCUCCUGUCUUGUUCUGUCAGUCUUCUCCACCAUCAAAGAAUAUGAGAAGAGUUCAGAGGAUGCCCUAUACAUUUUGGAAGUGGUGACCAUCGUGGUGUUUGGAGUGGAGUACAUGGUGAGGAUCUGGGCUGCUGGAUGCUGCUGUCGGUACAGAGGCUGGAGAGGCCGCCUGAAGUUUGCCAGAAAACCCUUCUGUGUCAUUGACAUCAUGGUGCUGAUAGCUUCUGUGUCGGUGCUGGCGGCAGGGACACAGGGGAAUGUCUUCGCUACAUCAGCGAUCCGCUCGCUCCGGUUCCUCCAGAUCCUGAGGAUGAUCAGAAUGGACCGCCGUGGAGGCACUUGGAAACUUCUGGGCUCAGUGGUCUAUGCUCACAGCAAGGAGUUGAUCACUGCAUGGUACAUCGGCUUCUUGUGUCUGAUCCUGGCGAGUUUCCUGGUUUACUUGGCUGAGAAGGAGGACAACGAGCAGUUUGAGACAUACGCUGAUGCUCUGUGGUGGGGACUGAUCACCCUGACAACCAUCGGCUAUGGUGAUAAGUUCCCUAUCACAUGGAACGGUCGUCUGCUGGCUGCCACCUUCACUUUGAUUGGAGUGUCUUUCUUUGCACUGCCUGCUGGCAUUCUCGGCUCUGGUUUUGCCCUGAAAGUCCAGGAGCAGCAUCGACAAAAGCACUUUGAAAAACGUAGGAAUCCGGCUGCUGGACUAAUACAGGCAGCAUGGAGGGUUUACGCCACCAACCUGACCCGUACUGAUCUCAACUCCACUUGGGACUACUAUGAAAGAACCACUGUCCCAAUGUACAGGUUGAUCCCUCCCUUGAACCAGCUGGAUCUACUGAGAAACCUGAAGAACAAGUCUGGUCUUUCUUUCAGGAAGGACGUCCAGCCUGAGCCAUCUCCCAGUCAGAAAGUGAGUUUAAAGGAGAGAGUCUUCUCCUCACCUCGAAGCUCUGGGACCAAAGGCAAAGGCUCUCCUCAACAUGUCCUGCCCACAGUGGGCCCAGGCGUGGGUCCUGAUGGCCAUGCGGUCUGUCCCGUUCUGGAUCCAAACCUAGAUGACAGUCCUAGUAAAGUCCCUAAGAGCUGGAGCUUUGGGGAGCGCAGCCGGACCCGGCAGGCCUUCAGAAUCCGGGGGGCAGCAUCCAGGCAAAACUCAGAAGUGCUCAUAGAGAUGCAGGAUGAAGAGUUCAGACAGAAGAGCUCGCCAGAGGCCAGUCUGCCUGGGGAGGACAUGGCGGAUGAUAAUAAAAGCUGCCACUGUGAGUUUGUCCCUCAAGACCUGACUCCGGGGUUAAAGGCCACUAUCAGAGCCAUUUGCAUCAUGCGCUUCUUGGUUUCUAAGAGAAAAUUUAAGGAGAGUCUACGGCCAUAUGAUGUGAUGGAUGUGAUUGAGCAGUAUUCUGCUGGACACUUGGACAUGCUGGCCCGCAUCAAGAACCUCCAGUCCAGAGUGGACCAAAUAGUGGGGCGGGGAACACCCAUCACUGACAAGGAUCGACCCAAACCAAAUGAAGAGAUGCCAGAGGACCCUAGCAUGAUGGGACGUCUGGGGAAGGUGGAAAAGCAGGUUUUGUCAAUGGAACGGAAGCUGGACUUCCUGGUGAAUAUCUACAUUCAAAGAAUGGGGAUUCCCCAGUCCGAGACAGACGCCUACUUCAGAUCUAAAGAACCAGACCCAGCACCUCCGUACCACAGCCCUGUGGGCCAUUUGGAGAAGAGCCAAUCUGUGCCCAAGAUUCUCCAGGUCAAUCCAGGGGAAAGUGUGUCUUCUUCACGAUACGUUUCAAAAAUGGUUCGUUCUAGUAGCUCCACAGCUCAGCGCAGCUGCCCAGCACCCACUUGCCCACCCUCUACAUCUUGGCAGCCAAUCAGCAGCCAUCUACAGCAUGCUCCACCCCCCUGGCCACGCAGCCACGGUAAUACUCCAAGCCCAGUGAGCGACUCACUGGUGAGGCUCCCCCCACCUCCUGCAAACACAGGGUCUCGAACACACCGCGACCGCAGCGAGAGGGGUGGAGUCAGCGGUGAUGAGCAGAAACCUGACAGUGAAUCAUCUGUGUCUAUUCCCUCUGUGGAUCACGAGGAACUGGAGCGCUCUUUUAGCGGCUUCUCCAUCUCCCCGUCACGGCCACGGUGUGCUACAGUUCGGCCUUACAUCGCAGAGGCUGAAUCUGACUCUGAGUCUGAACUGUGCCCCGCCUCCAGGCCCUCAGAGGGAAGACUGACGGACGAGACUAGAACACACUGAAUUAAAGAGGGACACCAAUCUAAUGUAGCAAACAAUCUCCUGGAUUUAAUCCCUCUGCCUAAAGACAAUGACGUGUCACUUUUAAGGCAUUCUUUUACUGCAUUCCAGCCAUCUAGUAAGUCACCACACUACAUCUCUGAAUCCUGCAAGUUGUAAUUUUUUUGUUGUCAGAAGAACAGUAUUUUAAUAUUUGGAUAUAAGCCUAUAGACUUUCUGCCAAACGUUUCUUACACAACAGAAAAAACAAACAAACAAUCCAAUUAUUUUAAAACUGUAAAAAGAAACACCAGUUACUGUUGACAGAAGUUUUUUUUUUUUUUGUCAAAAUGUGGUACACUGUUCAUCCAGACCAUCUAUCAGAAUGGAUCAACUUUUCACAAUAUAUUGCAAAUUGUGUAAUUUCAGCUAUUCACUAUUGAUUUAUUCUUAUUUAAACAAGUUGGAAGAUACAUGCAUUUUAUUGUAGCCUCUAAAAGCCAUGAUUUCAGAACUUUCAGUAGCUAUCACCGUGGUAUCUGCAAAUGUAAUAACUCUUUCCUGGUCUGUUCAAGAGAUUUCACUGAAGAUGGACAUAAACUAAACUGAACUAAAACAUAAUAUGUGGGCUGUACUUAAUAAUACACUCUUAAGUAAGCUUGUUCCCAGAGAGCAUGUGGGCUAU